AGAGUCGGGACAAAAAAAUAAAUAAUAAUUGAAGCAGGGAGCGCCAGUAUUCGUUCUCAAAACAUAAAUAGAGACAGAGCAAGAAAGAGAAAUUUCAGUGAAUGAACCGCGGUCACCUCCUCCAUCAUGAUGAUGAAAUUAAUGAACAUAUCUCCGACCAUGUCAUCUCCAUCAUCUCCACCCUCAUCAUCGCCGUUGGCCUCCAACUCGAUCUCCACUCCGCCAUCGUCGGCGCUGCCGCUGCGCACGAUCCCUGGAUCGUACGGAUGGCCGUUACUGGGACCGCUGUCGGACCGAUUGGACUACUUCUGGUUCCAAGGUCCGGAGACGUUCUUCAGGAAGAGAAUGGAGAAGAACAAGAGCAGCGUGUUCCGUACAAAUGUGCCUCCGAGUUUCCCCUUCUUCCUGGACGUGAAUCCUAACGUGAUUGCGGUGCUGGAUGUGAAGUCGUUCAGUCAUUUAUUUGAUUUGGAGAUUGUAGAGAAGAAGGAUGUUCUGGUGGGAAGCUUCGUCCCCAGCACCCGAUUCACUGGGGAUGUGAGGGUUGGGGUUUAUCUUGACACCGCUGAGCCAAAACAUUCCGAGGUAAAGAACCUGACGAUGGAGCUGCUGCAGCGGGGCUCCAAGGUAUGGCAGAGUGAGCUCCUCUCUAACCUAGACAAAAUGUGGGACAUGGUGGAAGCCACGGUGGCGGAGAAAGGCAAAGCCACUUAUCUGGGUCCUCUCCAACAAUGCAUCUUCAACUUCAUCAUGAAAGCCCUCGCCGGAAUCGAUCCCGCCGUCUCCCCCCAGAUCGCCAACUCCGGCUACAUCAUGCUCGACCGCUGGCUCUUCCUCCAGCUCCUUCCCACUGUCAACAUCGGCAUUCUUCAACCCUUAGAGGAAAUCUUCCUCCACUCCUGGGCCUAUCCUUUUUUCCUCGUCCGCAACGACUACAAAAACCUCUAUGAUUUCAUCAAACAGAACGGUAAAGAAGUUUUGCAGAUUGCGGAAACCAAGUUCGGACUCACCGAAGAAGAAACCAUCCACAACCUCCUUUUUGUAAUCGGUUUUAACGCCUUUGGCGGAUUCUCCGUCUUCCUACCCAGUCUCUUGGAUGCCAUUUCCAGCGACCAGACCGGGUUGCAAGACAAGUUGAAGAAGGAAGUGAGAGAGCAUUCGGUUCCCGGGUCGGGGUUGGAUUUUGAGACUAUGAGCAAGAUGGAGCUGGUUAAGUCCGUCGUGUACGAAGCUCUGCGUUUCAAACCGCCCGUGCCGACUCAGUAUGGCCGAGCCAGAAAAGACUUCAGACUCACCUCUCAUGACUCGGUGUACGACAUCAAGAAGGGGGAACUGCUGUGCGGGUUCCAGCCGUUGGUGAUGCGUGACCCGGAGGUGUUUGACGAACCGGAGAAGUUUAAACCGGACCGCUUCUUGGGCGAAGGGAGUAAGUUGCUAAGUUACCUGUACUGGUCCAAUGGGCCGCAGACCGGAAGCCCGAGCGAAUCGAAUAAACAGUGUGCGGCAAAGGAGGUGGUGCCGUUAACUGCGUGUUUGGUCGUCGCCCACUUGUUUCUUAGAUACGAAAAGAUCAGCGGAGGCUCUGGCUCAAUCACGGCCCUUGAAAAGACCAAAUGAUGGGAUCUGAAUGGUGAUUAUGAAUUUAAAAAUUUGCCGAGUCCUAAGAGUUAUAAAUGUUUGUUGACCGUUAAGCAAUGUUCAGAUUCUACUUUGAAAAUAAUGGGUUGACUUUUAUAAGAAAAUAUGUAACACGUGAUUGAAAAAUUCAUGAAGAUAAGAGUAUUCUACGCCACAAAAUUCAUCCAAAUAUCCAUCCUACAUAUUUCAA